CAACGACAGAAGGGGGAUGGGCGCUGUACAGGGGCGCUCUUGGCUUCCGGUCAGGUCACUUCCGCCGCCCUCCUUCCUCCGGCUCCUAGAUGUUGGACGGCGGCGAAUUAGAAGUGUUGGUCCGCCGGCGGCGGGGGCUAGGAAGCAGCCGCGGACCGGGACAGGACAGCAGGACAGGGGUUCCAGGUACAAGCAUGGAGAAAAAGGAUAAGCCUUUUCCUAGGCUUAACAUUCAUUCUGCAUUUUGGAUAUUGUCAUCGAUAGCUAUUACAUAUUAUAUUGAAUUUUUUAAAACCGUUAAGGAAAUUAUUCAAAAAGAAAGUGGGUGGUUUGUUCUUGGCAGCUGUUUAUUAGCAGUCAGUCUGUCAGUGGCAUUUUACUGCAUCAUAUACCUCGAAUGGUAUCAUGGAAUUGCAGACUAUGAAACUAGCUAUCCCACUCUCGUUCCAAUCACAACUGCUUGCUUUAUUGCUGCAGCAGUUAGUUUUAACAUUUCCUUAUGGCCUGUGUGGUCAUUUCUGACACCUCUGGUGCUCUUCAUCCAGUUUAUGGGUAUAGUGAUGCUUGUGUCCCUUUUGGGCUAGACUUUGCACGGUUCUUUUCUACUAUUGAUGUCAGAGUGAAUGGUCUGGAUUUAAUCAUUCUCCUCAUUUUGAAGUUUGGGGCAACACCUGCUCUCUGCCACUUCAACGUCAGAGAGAAUACAUAAAGGAUCAGCAAGACCAUCAUCAAGUUUCUUCAGUACUGUAAAAGGAAAGAUUUAAUUAGAAGUACAUAGAGAUUCCCUGGCCAUGUCUCCUUCAUUUUCAAACUUCAUUCUUAUUCCUCGUUCUGUUCUUCAUUUCUUGUUGAGCAAAACGGAACCAUUUGCAUUAUAAAAAGGAUAACCAAAAGCUAUGUUUAAACAAAAUGCCAUUCAUUUGUUUGCAGGCUGAACUGCCAGCUAGCAGGAUUUGAAGAUUAAACCUGCAGGUAAUAAAGUUUGGACAGUCUAAAAUCUCAUCUUCACUGAGCAAAGCAGUUGAACUAAAGUAUGGUUAUGAAAUU